UCUUGUUUAUCUUAUUUUCCAUUGCACACCGACCAGUCAAAAGAAGACACUUUUCUCUGUAAUACACUCUCCUCCCACUACUCUUCCCCGAUCCUCUUUCUUAGUUUAUCAAUCUCGUCUUCUAUAUAUAUCAGUGAUCAGUCCCCAAAGAGAAGGAAAGCUAAGCAAAACUAAACAUGCGAGGUGAGAUCUUUGUUGUUACUGGUUCUGGGCAGGGUCAUCUCCAUCCAUGCAUGGAGCUCUGCAACCAUUUUUCCUCCCGAGAUUUCCAUACUACCCUCGUCAUUCCCUCCGCUCUCUCUUCAUCCGUCCCUUCCUCUUUUUCUCAAAACCCACUCACCGGUAUUGCGCAAAUCGCCGCGUCUUCGGGCCCUCCCAUGCCCGGAUCCGACUCACUCCGCCAGCAGGGCGCCCAAGACCUCGAAGCCCUCCUCGCUGACCGCUCCAAACUUCCCGAUUUGCCCCCUCCUAUCUGCGCUGUCAUCGACUUUCAGAUGGGUUGGACCAAAGGGGUAUUCUGGAAAUUCGACAUCCCCGUCAUCAGCUUCUUUACGUUUGGAGCGGGCGCCGCCGCCAUGGAGUGGGGGGCGUGGAAGGCCCAGGCCGGUGAUGUCAAACCGGGCGAGGUCCGUUUAAUUCCCGGCUUACCUGAAGAGAUGGGUCUAACGUGUUCGGAUCUUAAACGACGAUCUGGGGGUCCACCACGUGGCGGUCCCCCUGGUUCUGGUCCGCACAGGCCGCCGGGUGGUGGAGGAGGGGGUCCGCCUAAGCCAGGUGACCGGCCACCGUGGGUCCCAGAAGUAGAGGGAUCGAUUGCGUUGAUGUUCAACACGUGUGACGAUCUGGAGCGUCCCUUCCUCGAAUACAUGACCAUUCAGAUGGAGAUGCCAGCGUGGGGAGUGGGCCCACUCUUGCCCGAGCAGUACUGGAAGUCGUCAGAUGCAUUAAUCCGCGACCGUGAGAUCAGACAGAAUUCCCGCCGAUCUAAUUACUCGGAGGAGGAGGUGAUCCAAUGGUUAGACUCGAAGCCACGUGGUUCUGUACUGUACGUAGCUUUCGGUAGUGAGGUGGGCCCCACUAUGGAGGAGUAUCCACAACUAGCCGGUGCGUUAGAACAGUCAACCCGACCAUUUAUCUGGGUCAUACAACGCGGGUCGGGUAUAUCCAAACCUCCUGGGGGUGGUGGCGGUGUUCAACCCGGAUCUUCCGAGGAAGGGUACUUUCCUGAUGGGUUGGAUAGUAAAGUGGGUGAUAGGGGUUUGAUAAUACGCGGAUGGGCACCACAACUGUUGAUACUGAGCCAUGCAUCAACGGGUGGAUUUUUAUCACAUUGCGGGUGGAACUCAACGGCGGAAGCGAUUGGGCGUGGGGUGCCCUUUUUGGCAUGGCCGAUAAGGGGAGACCAAUACUAUAACGCCACGUUGGUGGUGAGGCAUCUGAAGGUGGGGUAUAAGGUGGCUGAGGAUUUAUCGGGAAUGGUUAAAAAGGAGGAUAUUGUGAAAGGAGUCGAGAGGCUAAUGGGGGACGAAGACGUGCAUGAAAGGGCGGCAAGGCUUCGCGCCAAGUUUGAGAAUGGUUUUCCAGCGAGUUCGGAGGCUGCAUUGGAUGCUUUUGGUGAUUUUAUUAGCCAAAAGGAUAAAUAAGUAAAUCACUUUUUGUAUGUGAUUGUAAUGAAGUCUACCUUGUUCAAUAUCGUCCUUUAAUUUACUGUUUGACUGGUUGGUUUGUGCUUCGUGUCUUGUAAAUGACGAGGCUUAGCCUUUUUUAAUCAAUGGAUUAAUUGGCCUUUGACA